CAGCUGCAAUAGAAUCUAAUAUUUGUUUGGAGAAUACAAAGGAAUAAAGCAUCUAGGAAAUCGAUCCCUACCAUAUACUAGUAUAAAAGACAGUAAACCACCUCAUCACUCCAAAACACAAAUGAACUGACAAGGUACGAAGUGUAUAAGAAAGAACUGCCACAAAAGUAGGGUAAAACUCAGAAAGAAUAGAGUAAAAGGUAAGAACUCUAAUCUCUCCCAAAAAAAAUCAGCCAAAAUCCAAAGGAAUGUUCUUGAAGGGUGAACAACAACCUGAUCCCUUUUGCCUAUAAGCCAUAAAAACAGAGGGAGGAAUUACCUUGCACGCCAUUGUUACUUGCUUCUGUGCAAAAAACAGAAUAUGCGGCUGUUCUUCUAUAUAUUCCUCAUUCUCCAUGUCCAAUUUCAUCAUCAUCAUCAUCGCUUCACCAUGGCGGAAGAAGACGAAGAUGUUGCUGUUGUCGCUGUUGUUAAUUCAACUUCCACUUUGGAGAAUUUCUCAAAGAAAGAUAACCAGCCACUUCCCGUUCAAACCCGUUUCCAGUUUCCUUCUCCUCUGCCUGCCUGGCCUAAAGGUACAAAUAAUUUAAUUAGUCCACUAAAUUGUUAUACAGAAUUGAAUUUUGAUUCAUCUGUUUUUGGUUUGUUACUCUGUUAUUUUUUGGUGGGAUUUUAGGUGGUGGAUUUGGUAGUGGAGUAAUUGAUUUAGGAGGAUUAAAGGUGUGUCAAGUGUCAACUUUUAAUAAAGUUUGGGCAAGUCUUGAAGGUGGAUUUGAUAAUGUUGGAGCCACAUUCUUUGAACCCACAUCAAUCCCUGAAGGAUUCUUUAUGCUUGGUUCAUACACCCAACCAAAUAACAUUCCUCUGUUUGGUUGGGUUCUGGCCGCAAAGGAUUCAUCUCAUGAUCAAAGUAUUCUAAAAAAUCCCAUUGAUUAUACCCUUGUUUGGAGUAGUGAAUCUGUGAAGAUCAAUCAAGAUGGUGUGGGCUAUAUAUGGCUUCCAAUUCCUCCAGAUGGGUACAAAUCAGUUGGCCAUGUUGUCACAAGUACACCAGGAAAGCCAUCAUUGGAUAAAAUCCGAUGUGUUCAUGCCAAUUUCACUGAUGCAAUUGACAAUGGUGAAUGGAUUUGGGGUCAUUCCGAUGGCGGCCUUAAUGUUUACGCUCCGAGGCCGGGUAGUCGUGGGCCGGGAGCUUCCGGCGUUUCUGCCGGUACGUUUCUUGUCACACUCAACGGAGGUCCUGCAUCAGCACAAUUCGCCUGUUUGAAGAAUGUUGCGGCGAACUUUUCCGGCAUGCCGAAUUUGGCCCAAGUUCAAGCAUUAGUCCAAGAAUACUCCCCAAGGUUGUAUUUCCAUCCUGAUGAAUCUUUCCUUCCCUCUUCAGUGAAUUGGUUUUUCCAGAAGGGAGCAUUGUUAUACACAAAAGGGCAAGAAAACAGCCCUGUUCCGGUAUCAAUCAACGGUUCAAAUCUGCCUCAAGGUGGUUCAAAUGAUGGAACAUAUUGGAUAGAUUUGCCAACUGAUGGUUCAGCAAAAGAUAAGGUCAAGCAAGGAAGCAUACAAGAUGCAAGAGUUUAUUUACACAUAAAACCAAUGUUUGGUGCCACUUUCACUGACAUUUGUGUAUGGGUUUUCUACCCAUUCAAUGGUGCAGCAAGGGCCAAAAUUGAGUUCAUCACAAUCAAACUAGGCAAAAUUGGGGAGCAUGUGGGUGAUUGGGAGCAUGUGACAUUGAGGAUCAGCAACUUCAAUGGGGAAUUAAAAAGGGUUUAUUUCUCCCAACAUAGUGGAGGCAAUUGGGUUGAAGCAUCUCAGUUGGAAUAUGAACCCAAUGGGAACAAGCCAGUUGUUUAUUCCUCAUUGCAUGGCCACGCCGCGUAUCCGAAUGCCGGUGCUCAUCUACAAGGGAAUGGGAAUGGGAAUGGAGAGAAUGGAAUCGGGAUCCGGAAUGAUACCGGAAAAGGUGACAACUUUUUGGAUGUUGGUAAUAGUUUUGAAGUGGUUUGUGCUGAUUAUUUGGGGUCAAUUGUGGUUGAACCACCAUGGUUGAAUUAUGCAAGGGAAUGGGGUCCUAAAAUUAGUUAUGACAUUGACGAUGAGCUUAGGAAGGUGAAGAAAUGGCUGCCUGGAAAGCUUAAGAAAGCAAUUGAUAAAAUUGUGAAUGGGAUUCCUAGAGAAGUUUUGGGUGAAGAAGGACCAACUGGUCCCAGAUGGAAAGAUAAUUGGGAUGGAGAUGAAAGAAGUUAGUUAAAGUUUUAUUUGGGGGGCACCGAAAAAAAGAAAGAAAAGGUGCCCCUACAUUAUUCCUAUUGCUAAUUUUAGAGACGAAAAACAAUUUAACUGCAUAAAUAAAUUAAAGGCAAAAAAGUUGGUGGAUUAACUUGUCUUUUGUCUUGAAUUAUUCUUGUUUCUUGUUUCUUUUUUUGAGAAUUUUUUUUCCCUCUUAAAACAAGCAAGGCCGUUCAAAGUGACAAAGCACUUUUAUUCCACGAGAAGACCUAGCUUGUAUUUUCAUCCUCUAUUUUCUUUUUUCUUUGGUACAAAUGGAAGAUGCGGUAAAAUUCUACGAGUUACAAUAGUGAGAUAUGCUAGUUCCAUUGGAAGUAUUAGUCUUUUGUUGUUUGGAUAGGUAAAUCAAAAUAAGGAUUAAACCUUUUUUUUUUAUUUUAUUUUCUUACUUUCCCUUAACAGCUGGAAAGGGGUUUACGCC